GAACGCAGAGGAUUCUUAGAAAAUAAAUUAAAUAUCAAUUAAAAUUUCAAUUCAUACACCAAAUAUUGCAAAAAGCAUAUGUAAAUGCUAAGUAAAACGCGUUAUAGACCUAAAACUAAAUAACACGCACGCGGGACGUGCUCGAAAAUGAGGAAAUGCGAAGUUUUGCUGUACUUGUGGACACUCGCCUCUAGCUGUCUUUUUUGUUGUUGCUACAAAAGAGUGCGCCUACAGGACAGCUUAUGUUCGGAUAAGCUACUUUUUACUCUAUCAAAGCCUUUUCGAGGUGAUCCGACCGUGGCGUUAACCGAAGAUGAAGAUUCGGGAGCGAUUAUAACCCAGGCAUGGAACUCUUCAUUAUCUGUAGGCCAUUCGAUCAACAGGAUUAAAUAUGACUGCCAUUUUAAAGUGCAAACUACAGAUCGUCGGCCCCGUGGCAUUUACACAAUUAUAACACGGUUAAAGUUUCGAAAGGAUCCGGUGAGCGGCAAAUGCAUCGAUUUUUUGCAGUUCACGAGUGGAAAUCGUCCGCCUAGCGAACGCAUUUGCAGUGACAUAUCCAUCGAUGGACCUUCUGGCCGCAUGAUCUUUGACCAGCGGGACCGUGAAGUCAAUGUGUACGUUUAUGUCUCGAAGCAUAGGGUCAUCUUUGAAGAGCCACUGGAGCUUCGUAUGGUAAUGACUGCACACUCGGAGUGCUUACCGGGUGACUUUCUUUGCAAUCCGAAAGAUCCGUACUCGUGCAUUUCUCGCCAUUUUGUGCGAGACAAUAUCACCAACUGUAUGUAUCCAUGCCGGGACGAGGGCACAUGUUUCUACGAUGCCAUUCCGCAUGAGGAAAUUGACACCACUAAUGUCGCUCUAUCAGCAAUCACUUCUCUCAUAUUUACAAUGCUCGGUGUUGGAUUCUGUAUAUGGAUCUGUUGGAAAUACUGGAACUGCAUUACUGUCCAGCAACACGCGCAUGAGGCAUCGGCAGCACGUUUCAAUCAGCGACGGACUCGCUCGGCCGUCCCCACCAUCGAGCUGCCCUCUGCACCGUCAUAUGAUGGGGUGAUGGCGCACGACUUAGCGCAAAUCCCGCAGGAUCAGCAGCAGCCGCCAACACCCAAAGAUUUGCCGCCAAGCUAUGAGUCACUGUUCCCGGAAAGAUAAGCACGGGAAUCAAAAAUGAUGAAUCCAUUUUGUGCCAGAUUCAGGUUAGUUAGUCGGCAACAGAUUGGUGUGCCACAAUUUAAUGAAUAUACGAAUAUGUAGAAUGAGAAAAGAAGCGAGUUUGUAGUAGCAGAGCGGCCGAAACGGUAGCUUCAACUUCGCCUGUAAUAGUCCUAUUAGGUAAAUAUGUAUGUACGCUAAAUGUUCGAUCACUCCAUGUAUAUAUGCACAACUUUCAUAGUUAUGGGACUGAUUUUAUGUUUUUCGAUAAUUAUUGUUCGAUUUUUAUUUGGUUAUUAAUAGGCGUGAAUAGAACAUGUUUAGUGUUAUCGUAUUACCAAAUGUUUUUUUUUUUAUUUUACACUGUUUAUUUUAUAUUUGUGCUUAUCUUUAUGUUAUCUGAUCUGUAUAUAUUGAAAUGUUUUUUCUUAAUUGAAGCGCCUGAAAUUUUUAUGUGAGAUUAUAAAGACAUUAAACCGAAAUAAAUCAUGUUUGUAUACUCAACACACUAAA